AUGGCUGCUAUGAUAAGUUCUUGGAACCCUGAAAAGAAACAUAGCGACGUGGAAAGAUGGAUUUGCAUUUACCCUGCAUAUUUAAAUAGCAAGAAGACAUUGGCGCAAGGACGUAAAUUACCCAAAGCUAGUUGUGUAGAGAAUCCUACUCAUCAGGAGAUCAGAGAUGUAUUGGUGGCUGCAGGUCUAAGGGUAGGAGUAGAGAACAAAUUAUAUCCCAGAGAACCAAGCAAGGAAAUAUUAUUCAGAGGUCGAAUUAGAGUGCAACUUAAGAAUGAUGAUGGCACUCCAGUCAAACCUGACCUGCCUACUCGAGAUGCAGUGAUGAAGCAUAUUGGGGAACAGAUACCUAAACUGAAAACUAGACAAAACAGACCUGCAGACCAACAGCCGCAAGCCACUCAAGCUAGUAAUAAGACCAAGGGAAAGAAAGGACGCCGAUAA